GGGUAUGUCAACUAGUUCAUUUACUUACUGGCCUUUAAAUUUUCACUGCAUGCUGCAAUUCUAGAAUCUAUGGAGACUGAUAUGAAGCCAAUCCCAACUACUAGUACUAGCUAUGGAAACUGCUGCUUUUCUCUGAACAAUCUUUUAUUCUGCAUAUAUUAGUCUUAAAAUUUAGGUGCAGAUGGAGAAGAGUCAGAGUUUGAGCUUUACUGUUAUCAGAUCAAAGUCGAAAGAAGUUCUAAAGCUAUAACUAGCGUGGUAGAGAAAAAAAUAUAUAUUACUGAUCAUCAUGAGUUCCCCUACUGAUCCUUGGAUAUUUGUUUCAUUGUUUGUACUACCAGUUCAAGAAGCAAAUGAAGCAAACUCCCAACCAGAUGUUCCUAAUAACCAGCUGCCUCGGAGCAGAGGUUUCAACUGGUGGCUUAGAAUAUCGAUUUACACAGUCUUUGUCCUUGCUGGCCAGGCAAUUGCAACACUCUUGGGAAGACAGUACUAUGAAAAAGGUGGAAGCAGCAACUGGCUUGCAACACUAGUACAGCUUUGUGGCUUUCCUAUCCUCCUUCCCUUUUAUUUCAUUCCAGCAUUAAACAAAAACUGUCCAACCACAAAUAGUACUACAUCAUUCGAGUCAAAGCCACCGUCUACAUUAGUCCUAGCAUCAAUUUAUGCCUCUCUUGGCCUUCUUAUAGCUGGAGACUGCUUCUUGUAUUCAGUAGGAUUAUCUUACCUUCCUGUAUCUACUUACUCCCUCAUCUGCGCAUCCCAACUCGCUUUCAAUGCACUUUUCUCCUUCGUCCUCAACUCGCAGAAGUUCACUCCUUACAUUGUCAACUCUCUUGUUGUCCUGACUAUCUCAUCCAGCCUCCUAGUGCUUCAAGGAGACGACUCUGCUGACUCGAGUAAAGUUUCCAGGCCAAAGUACAUAAUAGGCUUCUUCUGCACAGUUGGAGCAUCAGCUGGAUAUGCAUUACAGCUUUCCCUAACGCAGCUAAUCUUCAUAAAGGUUAUAAAGAAAGAGACAUUUAGAGUGAUCAUGGAUAUGAUUGUAUAUCAAUCAGUCUAUUCAUCCGCUAUUAUCUUGGUGGGAUUUUUUGCUAGUGGAGACUGGAAGGGUAUAAAGAAUGAGAUGGAGGGGUUUGAGUUAGGGAAGGUGUCAUAUAUUAUGAAUUUAACAUGGACAGCUAUAGUGUGGCAGCUCUUUUCCAUAGGAAUGGUGGGGUUAGUAUUUGAGGCAUCGGCCCUCUUCUCAAAUUCAAUAAGUGCUGUGGGUUUGCCUAUUGUUCCAGUUCUAGCUGUGAUCUUCUUCCAUGACAAAAUGGAUGGGAUAAAGGCAAUGUCCAUGGUUUUGGCUAUUUGGGGAUUCAUUUCAUAUGUUUAUCAGCACUACCUCGAUGAUCGUAAGUCCAAGAGUGAGAAGAAAGCUGCCAAUGAUGAAGUUUCUAAAGCUUUCUCUCUGGAAACACAAAUGGUUGAACAAUCAGCCUUGUAUACAUGAACUUGAUUCUAGUCUUAUGCAAAAGAAUGAGAUAAAGAUUUCACUUACAUUAAUGUGGUCAAUAUUUACAUGCUGAUUAGUUAUGAUAAAUAGAUGCCUGUCCUGGUAAAACCGUAAAAGUCCAUUGUUUUCUACUUGAAUGUUCCUUAUAGGGAAUCAAACAUGUUUUAAAGUUAUAACUUUGUAGACAGAAACUGGCUGAUUGUGAUGGCCAGAUGUUUUU